AUGGCCUUAAGGCUUAACUUCACCUCUUUUUCCUUAAUUAAAGUCCUAAUACUCCACAUCUCCCUCUUAAGCAUCACCCUAAGAUAUGUCAAAACACAAGAGAAUCAUCAUGAUAUAACUAAACCAACAAUUAUAACAUCACUCACUUUCUUCAUGCAUGAUAUUCUAGGUGGAUCAAACCCUUCAGAAAGAAUUGUGAAUGGCAUCAUUGUCAACACACAAAAAACCACUAACAUUCCUUUCUCAAAACCAAAUAACAGAAAAUUCCCUAUUAAAGGUAGCAUACCAAUUUUUGAUACUAGUAUUAGUACAAAUAUUUCUCCCUCAACCUCAAGCACAACAAUGAUAAAAAACAUUGACAAAAACAAGGUGAUUAUAGAUAGUAGUAACUCUAACUCACUUCCAUAUGUUACGCCGAAUCAUCUUCCACUAGGAGCAACAUUAGAGAAGCUUUUAUUUGGAAGAAUUACAGUGAUUGAUGAUGAAAUUACAAAAGGGUAUGAGUUGAAUUCAGAGGUUAUUGGUAAAGUACAAGGAUUUCAUUUGGUUAGUUCAUUGGAUGGAAGUAGUCAAACCAUGGCAUUUACAGCUUUGUUUGGUAAUGAAACACAUGAAGAUGAUGAUGCUAUUAAUUUCUUUGGAGUGCAUAGAAUGGCUACACAUGAGUCCUAUAUUUCUGUUGUUGGAGGAAUCGGUAAAUAUGAAAAUGCAAGAGGGUAUGCGAAAAUUGAGACGUUACAGUUACCUUAUGAAGACAGAAAUACUAAUGGGAUGGAAACAAUUUUUCAGAUUACUGUCUACUUAGGAAGUUAGGAUAUAGAUAGAUUAUAGAUUGUUCUUUUUUGUACUUUGUUUUAUAGUAAAGAAGAUCUCAUUAUUCUUUGUAGGAAAAGAUGCAAUACUACUAUGUAUCUGGAUGAAUGAAUGUGUAAAAUAUUUAUUUA